AUGGCGGCCACCGAGAUGGACGCAGACGACGAGAUCCUGCGCAAGCUCGCCUCGGGCGCUGCCAUUGACUAUUCCAUAUGGCCCAUCGUGCUCGCCGACAUUGUCGCCCGGAUCGAAAAGGCCGCGCGCAACGACUUCCCCAUACCACGCAUCCCCCAGCCCAAGCAGGCCUCACCCCUUCCAGAACCCAGACUCCUCGACCCUCUACCCUCCUCCGACCCCAUAGACCCCUCCGCCGAGACCUCUUCCGCCACGGCAGUCGGCAACGAUGACAGCCAGCGCUCCUCCUCGCAGGAGACCAACAAGGAAAACACCAACCCCGUCUCCGCCGCCGCCGCGGUGCAACCCCCCACCACAGCAGCAGCACAACCUACCAGCAGCGCAUCAGUACCGCAGGACCCGACCGCCCUCCCGCCGCAGGUCGUCUCCCUCAUGAACGACAUCACCAACACCCUCACCACCUCCUUCCCCGUCUACCCGCCGCACACGGCCCAGCGCCUCGCCGAGCUCGUCCUCGCCCCGCGCCAGCACUACCGCAGCCUGCCCUCGUACCUGCACGCCCUCGACCGCGUCGUCCACGUCACCAGCGGCAGCAACGUGUUCCCCCUCCCGCCCGCCGUCCCGGACAUGUCCACCAUGACCCUCAUGUCCAACGGCCCCGCCCGCGACGCACCCUGGGUCAACGGCACCUCCUCCUCUCCGGCUUCAUCGUCCGCGUCCAACGCGCCGGCGCCCAUUAACGUUGGCUCCGACGAGGCCCUGGGCGGCGCCCUGCUCACCCCGAUCCCCUGGCUCCAUCGCCGCACCGCCUCGAGCUCCGUGUCGGGCGGCUCCUCCUCCCCUCCCGAGCCGGACCCGGCACAGCUGGCUACGGGGCAACAACAAAGUCCACAGCAGCAGCAGACAGGCGGCGCUCAGAGCCAGGCCCAAGGCCAAGGCCAAGGAGGAGGCCAGUUCGAGGGGCAGGUCCACACCGAGACCACCGAGACGAUCGAGGGCCCCAACGGCAUGGGCAGCAUCGAGACGGUAAGCAUCUCUGUCAACGGCAUCCCGAGCCACGGCGCGACCGUGCAGGUCCAGCGGGGUGUCACCCAGGGCGAGCUGCUGAGGCAGGAGCAGCGCGCGGGCGUCGUGCCCGUCACGCAGCUGGCGCGCGCCAGCAUGCCCGCCACCGCGGGGCCCAUCGGGCUCGGAUCCGGCGCCGGCACCGGCGGUAACAACGCGUCUCCCUCGCCGUCGCCCUCGGUAGCAGUACAAGCACAGGCGGGCGCUGCCGGCGACGAAGAUACAGCCAUGCCAGACGAAGAUGCAGCGGACCCUGGCCCGACCUCCUCGGCCUCCGCCGCUGCAGACCAGGACGAGGACGACACGACAGAAAAGCCCGCCGCCACCGGCGAAGAGGACUCGCCCGAGCAGCAGUCACACCAAGAGAUCCCGCACGCCAGGGGGCCCGAGGAGAUCGGCGCCGCCGAUAUGGGUCCUCAGAAGGAAUCGAGCUCCACCUUCGUCACAUCGCCCUCGGGCGCCGUCGAGAUGCACGGCAUCGACGUGGCCGCCGCCGUGGGGCGCAGCAAGGCCGACGACACCUACCAGCAGCAGAGGAAAUCUAAAUCCAAGUCGCCGGAGGCGGCAGCAGUAGCAGCAGCAGGUGGUACCGAAGACGACGAGGACAAAGAAAACGACGGCAAGGCGGCGGCGGCGGCGGUAACAGAACGGGCCAGGAGGGCGACGACGCCGAAGCGCGAGGCCGAGGGCGGGCCCGACGAUGCGGCCGAGCCGGCGGCCAAGAGACUUAGGGAGGACGAGAGCGCCGGUGCUGCCGCGGGCGAGGCCGGCGACGAGGGCGUCAAGAAGGAUGCGGAGGGAGACACGGUGUUGACGGAUCAGGAUGUGGACGGUGGGAAAGAGGAGUGA